AUGCUCAACUUUUCAUCGAUAUUUCCUGAAGACAUAAGUGAAGACUUUAGUUCUUAUAAAAAGCGCAAUCUCAACGCUUCAUGGGCAGUAAAUGAAAAACCUGAUUUUGUGGAUUAUAUGUCAGUUGAACAGCCAAAUUCAUGGUCACUUGAAAAAGGAUAUGCAACAAAUAAUGAACUAAUUAAGCCACUAAGGGCGACAAAACGAUUGGAGAUAUUCAUCAGAACAAGAGAGCAAUUCAAUGAUGAAUUUGACCUUUGUACCUUUGAGUAUAAAUUACUUUUUCAUCUACCGAAUGAAGUUCCAUCGAGUUUUGAUCUUUCAACAAACAUAGAGUUUGAUUCAGACAUAGCAAUUAGCUUAAAUGCAGUAAUCUUAAAGCAUGAUGAAACUUUAAAGCAAUUCUCACCAGAACAACGAGGCUGCUACUUUGAAGCCGAAAAGAAGCUGAAAUUUUUUAAAUCAUACACAAAAAAUAAUUGUGAGCAUGAAUGCAUGAUUAACUACACAUUAUCAAAAUGUAAUUGUGUCGAGUUCUCAAUGCCUAGAACAGAUGAUCUAAAAGUCUGCGAUUAUGAUGAUAAAAAUUGCUAUGAUUCCGUACUUUCACUUUGGUCAAACAGCUUUUAUCAAAAUGAAGAAAAUCAAGAAAAAUAUCCUGACUAUCCGUGUGAUUGCAUGCCUUCCUGUACACAGAUAAUUUAUGGAUUAACGGAAAGAGAUUUAAAUCAAAAGUAUGAAAUUCUGAUUUGUAUUUAA